UGGUGGUGGUCGGCCGCCGCUAUGUCAGCACGGUGCUGUGCGGGCCAGUUGGCCUGCUGCUGUGGGAACGCUGGCUGCUCCUACUGCUGUGGCCCCAAGGUCCGUCAGUCCCGGAGUACCCGCUUCAUGUACGCGCUCUACUUCAUCCUGGUCGUCAUCAUCUGCUGCAUCAUGAUGUCCAACACCGUGGCCAACGAGAUGCGGGAGCACAUCCCUUAUUUUGAAGAUAUCUGUAAAGGCAUUAAAGCUGGUGACACCUGUGAGAAGCUGGUGGGGUAUUCUGCAGUGUACAGAGUCUGUUUUGGAAUGGCCUGUUUCUUCUUCCUAUUCUGCCUCCUGACCUUGAACGUCAACAACAGUAAAAGCUGCAGAGCCUACAUUCACAACGGCUUUUGGUUCUUUAAACUUCUGCUGUUGGGAGCCAUGUGCUCAGGAGCCUUCUUCAUUCCAGAUCAGGAGACCUUUCUGAAUGCCUGGCGCUACGUGGGAGCUGUUGGAGGCUUCCUCUUCAUAGUCAUCCAGCUCCUCUUGCUUGUGGAGUUUGCACAUAAAUGGAACAAGAACUGGACUGCAGGCACAGCUACCAACAAGCUGUGGUACGCCUCUCUGUCCCUGGUGACCCUCGUCGCGUACUCCAUCACCACGGGAGGUUUGAUUUGGAUGGCAGUGUUUUAUACCCAGAAAGAUGGCUGCUUGGAAAAUAAAAUUCUCCUGGGAGUAAAUGGAGGCCUGUGUCUGCUUAUGUCAGUGGUAUCCAUCUCACCUUCUGUCCGAGAUCGACAGCCACACUCUGGGAUACUGCAGUCGGGUCUCAUCAGCUGCUAUGUCACGUAUCUCACGUUCUCAGCCCUCUCGAGCAAACCUGCAGAAGUAGUCCUAGAUGAACACGGGAAGAACGUCACCAUCUGUGUGCCUAACUUUGGUCAGGACCUAUACAGGGACAAGACCUUGGUUGCUGGUCUGGGUACUGCCAUCUUGUGCGUGUGCAUCUUGUAUUCAUGUUUGACAUCCACGACAAGAUCAAGUUCCGAUGCUCUGCAGGGCCGGUACACAGCUCCCGAGCUGGAAGUAGCCCGGUGUUGCUUUUGCUUCGGCUCUGGGGGAGAGGACGCUGAAGAGAAGCGAAAUAUGAAAGAGGGCCCACGGGUCAUUUAUGAUGAGAAGAAAAGCACCGUCUACAGCUAUGCCUAUUUCCACUUCAUGUUCUUCUUGGCUUCCCUCUAUGUGAUGAUGACCGUCACCAACUGGUUCAACUACGAAAGUGCCAACAUCGAGACCUUCUUCAGCGGGAGCUGGUCCAUCUUUUGGGUUAAGAUGGCUUCCUGCUGGAUAUGUGUUCUCCUGUACCUGGGUACGCUGGUCGCCCCACUCUGUCGACCCUCUCCGCAGUACUCCGUGUGAGGAUAUGAGCAAUCUCCUUGGUUCUGCAGCGGGAAGUGAUGCCCUUGAACAAAUAUCCCAGGAGUCAGGCAGUGACUGGUACUUUGUGACAAGUUGGCAUUCCCCUGGCUGGCUUCAGUGGGUCUGAAAACCCUUCGGGGGGGGGAAGAAAAAUCACUUGAUUUGGUUUUUUUAAUUCUGAAAUUCAAAAAGAAGCUACCAGUUUGCCCCCAAAGAAUUCAAAAUUUCACCUAAAUUGAUGCUGAGUGUUUAUAGAUUUUCUAUGUGUUUUACCCCUAAAUAUUGGGACAGUGGUCAGGCUAGUAUUUUCCUUCUACGUGUUUUUUACCAAAACAGAGUUUGGGGAAUGACAUCUUACCACAGGGAUAAAAGCUUACUUUGUGUGGCCUAUUACCUAUCCCUGAAAUAGACAUGACAAAAUCUGGAGCCCUUCGCCUCCAACAGAAGGCAGACCCCUCAGAAGGCUCCACAGCUCAGCCUGCAGAACUCCUGCUCACGGUCCCUGGGUAUUUAUUGGCUCCAAGAGGAAGCAUCGGCUUUUCACUCCACCCCUGUGCAGUCUCCUCCCAGCCCCGACACGUUUCCCUUUGAAGUUGUGAUGCUGGGAAUCACAGGCUUCGCUCUGCCCUUCCCAGAGGUCCCCUCAUCCCUUCGGGUUCAGCAUCUUCCUUAUAAUGUGAAAAAGCACAAUUUGCCAUCACCGCCCAUGUGAUUCCCCCUCCAGACUGUCACCGCCUGAUCUGAGUCACGGCCUUAGUAACUCGUUUUGUAACUCAGGUCAGGCGGUGAUGGAGUAAUUCGACCCUUACUCAUGGUGUUGUUCACGUGAUGAUAGAACAAUGUUCGUGUUGUUUUCUUUGCUGUAGUUCUUGUUUGUGGAUUGAUAGUCAUGACACUUUAGGACCUAACCUGGAAAGUUGCUUCUUGACUGAAGCCUGCUGUGCCCCUCUUUUCAUUACUGAGGUCAACCAGUUUCUCUUCCACUCGAGGCCUUUGAAACUGUGAAAGCAAAAGGGCUUUUGUUUUCCGGAUCUGUAAUGUGACCACACCAUUAAUGUCCCUUAUGAUUUUGGGGGUAGAUUUGCUGAGGUGAGAAUCAUAGGCAGCACCUCAAACAGGGCUGACCAGGUAAGUCCUCCAAUUAUACAAGUUGUAGAAGUGACCAGAUAUACUUAGAGGAAACGGUGGGUGGGGUGGGGAGUUCUUUAAUUAAGCCAUGAGCAAAAGCCACAGAAAUUUCCAAAGUUCAUACUCCUAAGGUGACACUUAAGAGAGAUUGAGUCUAGGCAGCUGCGUAAGAAGAUUUCCGUUUUCAGUGUUGAUACUCUCGUCCAGGGAGGAGUUUACACAGUGGAAAGUCCACCGGAGACCCCGGUGGAGACACAGUGGGGGCCCGCCUCUUAGUAUUUUAUGCAGGAUGGAAAGAGUCCUCCUGGCACCUGGGCAGAGAGUCAGAAUGAAAAGAUUCGGCCUUUACCUUCCGUGCCCUGCUGUGUGCGUUGGGUCCCCCAUAAGCUGGGCUCCGGAGUGCCAAAUGCUGACCUGGGAAAUUAGUCCCACCCUUCAUUUCCACUCACUCCUUCUCCCUCCUCUCAAGAAAAUGGGGGAGCUGGGUGGAGGCAAGGGACAUCCAGUGGAUGAAUUCCUCCAGAAACUUGCCUUAGUUACAGUCUUGGAGAUUCACUUUUUAAAGGCACUCGUGUGUGUGUGAGAGAGCCUUGUUUUGUACACUCGAUCAAGUUCUUUCUUCCCCCCCC